AUGGAGCGAUCCCAGUCCCAGCAGCAUGGAAGUGAGCAAAGCUGGUGGGGUAGUGCCCCCCAGUACCAGUACAUGUCUUUCGAACACUGUACCAGCUAUGGACUGCCCUCAGAGAAUGGUGGUCUUCAGCACCGGCUCCGAAAGGACACAGAUCCCCGGCACAACGUUCACCCCACACAGAUAUAUGGGCAUCACAAAGUACCUUAUUCAGACAAGGAGCACAAGAACAGAGCAAUGCCCAAGAAGAUGGGCUCCAGCUCUUCCUUGGACAGGACGGAUGAGGACCACUAUUCUAAAUGUCAAGAUUGUGUCCAGCGCCUGGAACGCGUGAUCAGAAGGCAGCUGGGGGAAGACUGGAUCUUUCUCGUGCUCCUGGGCCUACUGAUGGCUCUGGUCAGCUGGUGCAUGGACUAUGUCAGUGCCAAGACCCUUCAGGCCUACAAGUGGAGCUAUGCCCAGAUGCAGCCCAACAUCCCCCUGCAGUACCUGGUCUGGGUCACCUUCCCACUUGUCCUCGUCCUCUUCAGCGCUCUCUUCUGCCAUCUCGUGUCUCCCCAGGCUGUUGGCUCUGGCAUCCCUGAAAUGAAGACAAUCCUCCGUGGGGUUGUCCUGAAGGAAUACCUCACACUCAAGGCCUUCGUGGCCAAGGUGGUAGCCUUGACCGCUGGGCUGGGCAGCGGCAUCCCUGUGGGGAAAGAGGGCCCUUUUGUCCACAUCGCCAGCAUAUGUGCCGCUGUCCUCAGCAAGUUUAUGUCCAUGUUCUGUGGGGUCUACGAGCAGCCAUACUAUUACACUGACAUCCUGACGGUGGGCUGUGCUGUGGGGGUCGGCUGCUGUUUUGGCACACCACUUGGAGGAGUGCUGUUUAGCAUCGAGGUCACCUCUACCUACUUUGCUGUCCGGAACUACUGGCGAGGAUUCUUUGCCGCCACUUUCAGUGCCUUUGUGUUCCGCGUGCUGGCGGUGUGGAACAAGGACGCAGUCACCAUCACUGCUCUGUUCAGAACGAAUUUCCGAAUGGAUUUCCCCUUUGACCUUAAGGAGCUCCCAGCCUUUGCUGUUAUCGGGAUUUUCUGCGGGUUACUGGGAGCUGCUUUUGUGUAUCUGCACCGCCAAGUCAUGCUGGGUAUCCGAAAGCACAAGGCCCUCAGCCAGCUAUUUGCUAAGCACGGCCUGCUGUACCCUGGGAUCGUCACCCUUGUCAUCGCUUCAUUCACCUUCCCACCAGGAAUGGGCCAAUUCAUGGCGGGAGAGCUCAUGCCCCGUGAAGCCAUCAGCACCUUGUUUGACAACAACACAUGGGUGAAACACAUUGGUGACCCCCAAAGCCUGGGCCAGUCAGCUGUGUGGAUUCACCCCAAGGUCAAUGUGGUCAUCAUCAUCUUUCUCUUCUUCAUCAUGAAGUUUUGGAUGUCCAUUGUGGCCACCACUAUGCCCAUACCCUGCGGAGGCUUCAUGCCUGUGUUUGUACUAGGUGCUGCCUUUGGAAGGCUGGUAGGCGAGGUCAUGGCCAUGCUCUUCCCUGACGGUAUCUUAUUUGAUGACGUCAUCUAUAAGAUCCUACCUGGGGGCUAUGCAGUAAUUGGAGCGGCAGCACUCACGGGGGCUGUCUCCCACACAGUCUCCACAGCUGUGAUUUGCUUUGAAUUAACGGGUCAGAUUGCUCACAUCCUGCCCAUGAUGGUGGCUGUUAUCUUGGCCAACAUGGUGGCCCAGAGUCUGCAGCCUUCCCUCUAUGACAGCAUCAUCCAGGUCAAGAAGCUUCCCUAUUUGCCAGACCUUGGUUGGAACCAGCUCAGCAAAUUCACCAUCUUUGUUGAGGACAUCAUGGUGCGGGAUGUGAAGUUUGUCUCAUCUUCUUGCACUUACGGAGAACUGCGAAGCCUGCUCCAGACUACUACUGUCAAGACCUUGCCGCUGGUUGAUUCCAAAGAUUCCAUGAUCCUGCUGGGCUCGGUGGAGCGCUCCGAGCUGCAGUCGCUCCUGCAGCGUCACCUGAGUCCCCAGCGGAGGCUGCGGGCGGCCCAGGACGUGGCGCGGAGGCUGUCGGAGCUGCCCUACGACGGCAAGGCGCGGCCGGCUGCGGGGGCACCCUGCCAGGGCCGGCCAGAGUCCUUCGCCUUCGUAGAUGAGGAUGACGACGAGGACCUCUGCGGAAAGACCGAGCUUCCUCCCCUCCCUCCUGCACCUUCCCCCUUUCCUGCGGCUCCACUGUCCCCCGAAGAGCCCAACGGGCCGCUGCCAAGCCACAAACAGCCGCUGGAAGCCCCACGGCCUGCAGGUCAGAGAGUCUCUGUCUUCCAGUGUCUGCUUCAUUGCCUGCUGGGCAGAGCUCGUCCCACAAAGGAGAAAGCAACCCAGGACACCCCAGAUUUAGUGGACACCAUGUCACCUGAAGAGAUUGAGGCCUGGGAGCAGGAGCAGCUGAGCCAGACUGUCUGCUUCGACUGCUGCUGUAUCGACCAGUCUCCCUUCCAGCUGGUGGAGCAGACCACCCUGCACAAGACUCACACGCUCUUCUCGCUUCUCGGCCUCCAUCUUGCCUACAUAACCAGCAUGGGGAAGCUCAGGGGCGUCCUGGCACUAGAAGAGCUGCAGAAAGCCAUUGAGGGCCACACCAAAUCCGGAGUGCAGCUCCGCCCUCCGCUUGCCAGCUUCCGAAGCACAACUUCAACGCGAAAGGGCCCCGGGGGGCCACCCCCUCCUGCAGAGGGCUGGAACCUGCCUGACGCUGGGGCUGGGGCUCCUGGCGUGGCAGAGGUGGCUGCUUCUACCACGCCAGAGACACCUGUGCCGCCCCCAUCCCCAAGGCCCCCACAACUUCUGGCUCCAGCCAGGCUGGAGGGGGAACUGGAGGAACUGGAGAUGGUGGAGAGCCCAGGGCCAGAAGAGGAGCUGGCUGAUAUCCUACAGGGCCCAAGCCUGAGGUCCACUGAUGAGGAGGAUGAAGAUGAGCUGAUUCUGUGA